CCUGAUGACAUAGAGAAGCCAUCAUUCAGUUGAAUUCGAUGCCCUGAUACAUAAAACACCAAUAUUUCCGGUCUCGAUCCCUUUCGCAUUUCACCUUCCACCCUCAACCGAACCGAACCGAACCAAAUACUGUGCAGUCCGAACACGACUCCCCUCAAACUGCAUCAGCUUCUUCGACAAGAAUGCGCCCUGUCAAGAAUGGCCUGGCGUUGGCCAUCACCCCUUGGGCUCUCGUCGCCGCCGUCCCCAUGCCGGGAGGAGGAGGAACUCUCCCACCAAACCUAGUCAGCAUCCUUACAAGAUCCGGUGUCCACGUACCAACCGGCACGGGCGAUUUCCCCGCCUUCCAAUCCGAUCUGUCGACCAUGCUCGAAUCCAUCCCGACAGCAACUCACGGGGCUGUCCCGAGCCCGACGCAUCCUGGUGGUGCCGGCGAGAGUCCUGGGACUAGCCCUGGUGGUGGUGGUGCUGGUCCAAGCGGCCCCGGAGAAACAGGUGGCCCUGGCGGAGGCACGCCCAGCGUCCCUGGAACGGGACCAACCGGUAGUCCGAUCAGCCCAGGCGGUCCUGGCGGAGGCACUCCCAGCGGUCCUGGAGCAUCUCCCACUCACCCUGNGGAGCCGGUGGCCCCGGAGGAGAGACACCUGGCGGACCUGGUGCUUCUCCUACUCACCCUGGCGGACCAGGAGCAAGUCCAUCGGGUCCAGGCGGAGCAGAGCACCCCACUGGCGGUGCUGGAGCAAGCCCAACUGGCCCUAGUGGACCUGGCGCAACCGCACCCGGCGGAGGACAACCAAGCCAGCCCGGUGGUGGAGCUGGUGGAGCUGGUGGCGGACAAACUACUCCUGGAGGUGGUGCCGCUACAGAAUGUGCUACUGUUACCUCGACUGUGACCGUGACCGUCUCUGAAUGUCCUCCUGCUGGUGGAGCCGGUGGCGCCGCGCCUGCAACUCAACCUGGAGCUGGCGCUGGUGCUGGCGCAGGGACUACUCCUGCUGCCCCAGUUCAAACAGCACCUGGAGCUGGUGCUGGAGCAGGAGCCGGAACCGCCCCUGGUGCUGGCGCAGGCGCAGCACCAACAACCGCACC